CACAGUGAGUUUGAGGCGUGCGGGCAGAGAGACGGUGUCAGAGAGCGCUGGCUGCUCCUGCUGGAGACACUGAGGAGUUUCCUGAGGUGAAUUCUGGGGGAAAGUUGGAUUACAGCGCGAGACUGAGAGGAAUUACGCUGCAGAUGAUGAGCAGCUCACUCCGACACAUCUGUGAAACCUGCGGACUCCCGAGCUGUCAGCGGCUGCGUGGCGAGUGUAGAUAAGCCCCCUUAUGAGGUGAAAACCCUUCCCCGUCCUGCAGUACCCCCUCCCAGCACCAACAGCAGGAAUAAGGGAUGUCACAGCUCUUCCUCUUUUUGGCCAUUCUCAUUGUCUCCUGCAGCAUCCAGGUGUCUCCCGCUGUCCCCCUGGACAAGGUGAAGGAGAGUUGGAAGCUGUACAUGGACGAGUGCGUGCGCAACAACAGCCUAGACCCGCCCAGCACCGGACUCGUCUGCAACCGGACUUUUGACAGAUAUGCGUGCUGGCCCGACGGAGUCCCGAACACCACGGUCAGCGUGGCGUGUCCCUGGUACUUACCCUGGUACCAUAAAGUUCAGCAUGGCAUGCUGUACCAGGAAUGCGAUGCAAACGGCCAGUGGGUCACACCCAAGAACACCAGCGAGUGCGACUUGAACGACCCCGGUCUGCAGUACUACGGUCACAUUCAGAUCAUGUACACCGUGGGCUACUCUUUAUCCCUGGUGGCUCUGGUCUUGGCUCUCGGCAUCCUGAUAUUCUUCAGGAAGCUGCACUGCAUGAGGAACAACAUCCACAUGAAUCUGUUCGCCUCCUUCAUCCUGCGGGCGCUGUCCAUCCUCAUCAAAGACGCCCUGCUGGAGGCCAACCACACGUCGCAGGACCUCAGCAGGGACCAGGAGCAGGGAUUCCCCCGCGCGUCAAUGCCUCCGGUGGAGAUGCUGGUCAACAACGAGACAACAGUCAGCUGUCGGGUCGCCGUGGUGAUGAUGCAGUACAGCAUCAUGGCCAACAGCUACUGGCUGCUGGUGGAGGGCAUCUACCUGCACAACCUCCUGGUGAUCACCGUGUUCACAGAGAGGAACUACUUCAAGAUCUACCUGUGCAUUGGCUGGGGUACGCCACUGAUUUUCCUCGUGCCGUGGGUGGCCGCAAAGUAUUUAUAUGAAAAUGAAGAGUGCUGGGGACAAAAUAUAAACAUGAAUUACUGGUGGAUAAUCCGCUCUCCGAUACUGCUAGCUGUCGUGAUCAACUUUCUCAUCUUCAUCCACAUCAUCAAAAUCCUGGUGUCCAAACUUCGAGCGCAUCAGAUGAGAUACUCCGACUAUAAGUUCAGACUGGCGAAGUCCACCCUGACCUUGAUCCCCCUGCUGGGCAUCCAUCAGGUGGUCUUCAUCUUCGUGACCGACGAGUCCACGAAGGCCACCAUUGGUCUGCGUCUCACCAAACUCUUCAUCGACCUCUUCUUUUCUUCCUUUCAGGGUCUCCUGGUCGCCAUCUUGUACUGCUUCGUCAAUAAAGAGGUGCAGUCGGAGGUUUUGAAGAAGUGGAAACGCUGGAAGCUCGGGAGGAACAUCGAGGAGGAGUAUCGGCACACCUACAGCAACACGCCCAACACCAAGACGGCCAGCCUGCUGAACCACGUCUCCCGACUGCCCCACCUCCCGGACAUCGCCAAGACGGCCGCCCCGGCCUGCAGCCCCGAGGAGAGGCACAUGCUGGUGGCCGGCUGCCACAACGGCGUGACGGACUGCCGGGGCGACGGCGCCGUCAGCAGCUGCACCCUGGUGGAGGACAUCGGCGGCUCGGACAAGGCGCAGAGAGACAGCAUGGAGAGCCACCUGUGACCGGGAAGGAGGAAGAGGAAGAACAUUUGACGGCUCCGAGCUCUGAUCUGGCUCCGACAGACGCCGAGCGGCCGAUAGGGUGGCUGGGCAGAGAUCCGAGAGCGGCUCUCAGCUUCUCCCCGCAGCACGAGGAAGGAGGGUGGCGAGUCCGACGCCCAGUGUGCUGUGGAUCCGGUGAACGGACCUCUAGAUGUUUGCGGGACGGCGGAAGAGGCUACAGCGUGUGGAACAGUUCCGCUUUUUUAAAAAGACGUGUAAAUGAAUAAUGAAAAUACCUAAAACCUCAGAACAGAAGCAAACAACAAAAAGACACAGGGUCCCCCCCCCCCCCCCCCCCCCCCCCCCUCCCCCGCCCGCCCGCCUGAGCCUCUGAUUUACUCUGUGCUGUCUAUCAAAUGUGUCUUUUGUGGUACUGGAGGUAAAAAAAAAAAACAAACAAACUGGACAUUGAACUGCGUCAACAGAAAACACCAAACAGAGGCGGAGGGAAUCGCUUUUUAUAAGACAAAAAAAAUGUCUUUUUCUGAAAAUGUCUUGCUCUGAUGUCUUCAAAUGAAUUUGAGUGUACAGAAGAAGGAGAAACGCCUUCAGACAGGAAGGUGACCGCAGAGCUGUUGAAGCUCCCUCAUCCAGGGACCGUGGGAAACUGGCAGCUGCUCUCCCCUGGCCCUCCCAGGACUGAAUGGACAUCGGAGGAAGCCAAGAAAUGUUGUGAAUUAUAAAUAAGCUAACACGAUCAUCACCAAAACCUUUUCAUAUCGGUCAUUCCCCGAAUGCUCCCACUGUAAGGUGUGUUAGGUGUGUUUACAGAGGGAGCAAUUGAAUUUUCUUCAGCACAAAUCGUGUUUCUCUUUUCCCUUCAGCGCCAAGAUGUUAUCAGACACACAAGAGAAGGCGCACGACCUUUACUCUACACACCCAGGCCCCCCGUGUGUAAAUCCAUCCAAAGAUCAAGGAUAACGCCACACUCAAUGCAGACAUACUUGAAGUUUGAUUCUCGCCUCGUCGGUUGAAAAACAAGUCGCCUCUGACACAUCGGUGUUGUUUGUGACGUUACACACAGGCCGUCACGUGAGCUUCAGCUUUGAUGUGGGUGACUCAGUCGAGUGUCGCACGUUGCCAUCCGUCGCGGCGUUGUCCAGAAGAUGACGGAUCGCGCUGAUGACCGCUGGCGUCCGGCUCCUCUGUAGACCGUGUUUAAUAUGCAGCCUUAACCUGUACCGCCGACACGCCGAACAAACCUCCCCGGAAGAACAAAAACGGAAAACGGGAAGCUGAGGAGGCAGCGGUGCGAAUCCCUCUGGAGAGCAGCGAAGCCUCCUGCAGAGCGUUAAUUCGUCCUUGAAUUGUGAACCGAACUUGACUUUGUAUGUAUGAUGAUUUGCACAAUGUUAAUUUAUAAUUGGUAAAUACUGUGUGUACAUAUAUGUGUGUUUAUACCGGUGAUUUGAUUUGAUUGGAGUCGAUGUAUUCCACGCACGUCUCUGAGCGAGUGUGUGUUUGUGUGUGCAUGCACAUGCGUGUGUGUGUUUGUCUUCUGGGUGUGAAUGUGUUUAGUUUCAGUAUUGCAGAUUAGUGGAACAUGUGGAGGGUGAAUUUCUGUCGCCAGACCAGUGACUUGAUGUGAAGCAGUGAAUCUGGCUUUCCAGAGGUCAAGCCAUUGUUACUGUUGAGUCGGACAAAAAAAAAAAAAAAAAAAAAAAAAGGUGCACACCGAGGUCGUUUUACUAGGAUUUUUUUACAGCUACAGCCGUUAAUUCAGCAGCUUUUUCUGUUUUUGGAAAGAAGGGGAAAAAAAUAGCUCGAUACUCACGCAGUAUUAAAGGAAUGUCAAGCACGUCGAGUGAAGUAGUGUAGAAGUGUAAUCGGCAAAUUUUCAUUUCAACCUUCAUACCUGUCUUCUGAAGCUGUGACCAUAACCGUGUUUGUAUUUGAAGCCAGCAGCUCGGGUCACUCCUGCUCACGGACCAAAGCGGUUCUGUCUGAAUGUAUCUUUCAAAGGCCCAAAACCAAUCCUCAUUCCUUUUUUUCUCUCAGAGGUUGUGUAUAAGUAUAUAUAUAUGACCGUGUUCGGGUGUAAACAGAGGAUCCUAUAUUGUGUCCACGUUGUGCAAACGGUGAAAGAAUAAAUUACAGUGUAUGUGAACGACA